AUGAAAGGCGCAAAGAAAGACAGGAAGAAUGGAAAAGACGGCGGGGGUGUUGUCGCCGCGGUGACAAAACACACCGCCAGCAAGUUCUCGUAUGUUGCCAAUAACAAAGAAUCAGCAUCAGAGACCGAGACCUCCUCGCCUUCAGUUCAGUCCCCUGUCCUGAAACCUGCCAGCGUUCCUUCAAAUGGAAUCACCGCGCCGUCGCCCGCGUUGGACGCAGUUUCCGCGACCUCGUAUACCACGAGCACAACCCGAAGCACUAGCGACUGGAUGCGGAAUGUUCCAGCACUAGGAAGCUCUCCUGGUGGAAACCUGAUCAACCUGAUGGGAGAAUCGCCACCAACACAACCCUCAUCCUACGAGGACAGCCGCGGAGCCCCGUACGGAUGGUCCUCACCACGCCAGUACUACAACGGAGGACAGGCCUCGUCCAUCUCACCUCCGACCCAGUCGAGGAGACCCUUGAGCUACCAUAUGGAUAACCAGUACCACCCUUCCGAGGCGUACGCUCCGUCGAUGGCUUCCCUCAGACGAGGCUCGAUGCACUCACAGACCGCCUACGCCCGUGGUCUGGCAAACCCGCCUCUUCCACACCAGCCACAAGCCCAUUUCUAUGGCGCGCCAGAUCUUGAUCUUGAUUUCGAGCCCAAGACAGGGAUGAGGGCUGGCGAGAGAGGCUAUGCGUACGGCUUUGACACGAUUCCGACUUUGCAUGGGUCUGGCUCGCGAGGCAAAGACACAGCCGUCCUCACGGGUUAUGAGGGUGGCUUAGAAGUGCAUUCGGUCACAAAGAAUGGUUUAGACACUGUCGCGAGUCUGAAAGGGCUACGAGGCGGGGUGCACUAUGCCAAGAUCCUACCCUGGACAUUGGAUGCUCAGGGCGCGGAUCCCAGCCCGAUUGUGGCCGUUGUCGUCCAUGGCCCUGUACUACCAUCUACCGGUUCAGAGGCUAAAGGCGACGGGAACUAUGCUGCUGGCCAAGAGCGUUCUGGAGCCGCGUCGCCAGCAGGUACAGAUAUCGGACAGAGAGACGGCACCGGGAUUCGGGGUGCAACCGUGGAUUUCUACCAAACAACGGUGGAUUUAUACUCUUUGCAGGACAGCAGACACAUUGCAGUCCUCCUGGAGGGCCCAAAGAUUCCUCUAAAGGUGCCGAUCACAAGUCCUAUCUUCCAAGCACCACCGCCAACCGGAGCCCUGCGGAUCCUCGCAGACAGUGGGAACAUUGUCAUUGCUUCGGGUCAGACGGGCGAGAGCUGGGUUUACCGCCAAGCAACUAUCCCUCAUGAGCCGGGCAUUGAGUUCAGAUGCGUGGGAAAGCUGUGGACUUCUCUGCAGCAGUCUCCAGAUCUGUCGCAGGAGACGGAUCGGCUGCGGAAUACUGCACAGCGUCAGGCCGUGAAAGCCCCAAUCAUUGCACUGAAAGGCAGAUGGAUAGCCUAUUGUCCCGCUGCCCCCUCGUCUCAGAUUUCACUGAGAGCAGCCGUGCCGGUGCCCGUCCAAGGCAAAGCACCGGGUUUGACGUCCCUGACACCGCCUCAGCUGCCCAGCGUUGUCUCCGAUGUUGACCUGCCAGCUGCCGACAGCAUCAUGAACAAGCUCAUGCGAGAGACCACGCAGGAGGUGAUCUCUGGUGCAAAAUGGAUUGGUGAAAGAGGCCUACAAGCGUUCAAUAACUAUUGGAACAAGUCAGCCAUGCCAUCGCAGCAAGCUCGGUCCCCUCCCAACACGCAAGCCUGGCCUGGCCCUUUUGCAGCAAGAGCAGAGCCCCCUCAGUUUCCUCCCACGCACGGUACGAUGGCUCCAGCGAUCACCAAGGAGCCGGGCCUGGUGUCGAUUGUAGAUGUCGACUUGUCACUGAAUGCGUCUUCGAUACAUCCGGUCACUACCUUCGCGACGUCUGGCUGCAGCUUCCUCUCCUUUGCGCCGAAUGGGCUGUCACUCUUUACCGCCAGCACCAAGGGUGAUGUGCAGACCAUAUGGGAUCUGAUGCGCGUUCAAUAUACGAAAACGUCACCCCUGCACGCAGCAAGCUUGCCCAGUCCGUCGAGCGGUCCCCGGGUGCGACAGAUUGCCCAAUUCUCUCGCAUGACUGUCGCUAGAAUUGUGGAUGUCUCCUGGAUGAAACCGAACGGAGAAUGUGUGGCGAUGGUCACCGAGAGAGGCACUGUUCAUCUUCUUGACUUACCCACGAGUGCUUUUCUCUGGCCUCCUCCUCGCAGGCGAGCUUCUCCACAAGAGACGAACACGAACGUACCCGAGACCAGCACUUCUGCCGUGUCGAUGGCGACAGGUGCUCUGAACUCGGCUUGGGACGCUGCUCGUCCCUUGAUCAACCGGUCUCGGCGCAGCAGCUCGAUUGCGAAUGCACCGCAGACUACUGGUUCCAAGAUCGUCGAGCACGCGAAUUAUAGCAGCAAGAUGAUCGCUGCCGGCAUCAGUCACUCACUUGGCAAAACGGGACACGCCAUCAAUCAGUUCAGACACAGCGGCGAUAACCGCAUAUCGCUUCCUCCGAGCUCGAGCGCCCCGGGACCAGCUUGUGUCAUCCUCGUGGCGAACCGAAAGGACCACGCGCUCUUCGUCCUCGGAGACGGGCUGGUGCGGGCAUUUCCCCAGCGACCGCGCAAGAUGAGCACAAGUGAUGGAAGACAGAGUGCCACUCGGUUCCGGCGGUAUAGAGACUUCAAGCUCCCGAUGUUGCCUGACGAUAUCAUGGCACCGUCUGUCAAGCGGCUUGUUGACCCCGACGAAUACUUGGACCUCUUGGACAAGGAUGGGGAUGGAGUCAACAACACCAUGGUGCUCACCGCUCGACCUAAGCUAUCUCGACGUAAUCCCAGCGCGGAGUCGUCUAUUCCACAAGCUGAGAUCGAGUCGUCAGCUCCAUAUCAACCGUUCCACACUGACAGACGGGUUGCACUCUUUGAGUAUGAUCUUCAUCGAGCACCAGUCGCCUCGGUGCCGCAGCUGCCCACAGUCUCGGUGCUUCUGACAGAUACUCAUCUGGAUGACAAGUCUGUACGGCCUUCGCCUAAACGCAGACAGGCAGCGGCGGCGGCCGCCGCCCAGGCCGCAGAAGCAGAAGCAGUGAAACAGAUGGCGCCUAGUGACGCGGACGGGGCCGCUUGGGCAUUUGGUCAGCCACUCACCAUGAACAGACUCACUCACCACCAUCACAUAAGUAGUGAGGACGAAGCUUUCACCAUUCCGACGGACGACGUGCGUGCUCUGCCACAAUCAGCUAUGGAGCGAUCUGUGGCUCGCCAUCGGGACGGCGGCGAUGAGGAGCAGCUGGUUGUCACGACGAGGCGCCGAAGGGGCAGAGGUCGGACCGGGGACAUGGAUGAUGAGGAUGGCUUCUUUGAGGAUGAUUGUGAAGUUCUCGAUUUUGCUGACCAGCGGGUUUAA